ACCACCAGGCAGGUUGAGUUGAGAAACAAUUAGCUCAGUCAGCAAGCCUUUGAAUCUGAUUAAGCCAGGAAGUGGUCACUCCCCAAGACAGAGUAGAAUGAAGGGAAUGAAGGCGGUAGCCCAACACAAGGAAUGAUUUCUCUCUCUGAGAAAAACUAGUAUUAGAAUUUAUUGUGUCAAAUUUAUGUCAAGGAUUAUAUCACUACAUUUUAUUAUUAUUUCACUGAAAACAAAUAUAAUCUUGUUUCCAAGUAGAUCAACAGUCCACAUGUGUCAUGGCUACUGUCUCUAAGAAACUUCUGUUUAUUGAGGCUUGACAAACUCUCAUGUUUUGGUAACAAAACAUCUUUGAGACCUAGGACCCAAGUCACAGAGGAAAAUGCAAGGCUUAUACAAGACUGCUGGCCAGAUUCUCAUUACUCUGGGGGCUCUCAGUGUAUUCUCUGGAGUUAUUGCUUUCUUCCCAGUCUUUUCCUACAAGCUUUGGUUCACAGGAUGGAGUGUCUGGAUUGCUUGUCCCAUCUGGAAUGGAGCUUUGGCCAUCAUGACUGGUAUACUCCUACUGUUGGCUCACAAAGAGUGGACCCAGAGACACCUGUGGGAAGCUAGUUUCACCUUUGUGACUCUGAGCAUCCUGGGAUGUCCACUUCAUUUUACUGUAGCCUUGGCAUCUGCUCUCCUUGGCCCAUAUUGCUUCUACUCGUUUUGGGGGAUUGCAGGGACCAAUUACCUUGGUUAUGCAGUUGCCUUUCCUUUUCCGUAUGCAAAAUUCCCAUCCCUUUGUGUAGACCCACCACACUAUGAAGAGUACCACCUGACACUUCAAGCCUUAGACCUGUGCCUGAGCUUUGCCAUGCUCUGUGUGUCCCUGACAGCGUUCAUCACACUUUCUGCAAGACUUAUCCGGAAUGGACAUAUAAAUGUAAGUUUCCAGAAAGGGGGAGCCAGUUCCUGUUCCAUCCUCAAUGCUAAAAUGGAAAGUUUGGUAUAUUAAUACUUAAUCUGUCUCUCUUUUUUACCCCUGUGUCUUGUAUAACCAAAAUUCUCCCACUCUUUCUACUUCUACUGCAGCUAAGAGGCUGAUAUAUAAUACAUCAACAUCAGAUUUAGCUUUCUAACUUUUUCCGAAAGGGCUGAUAAUAAUGUUAAUAUGAUAAUAAUAGAAUUAUGAACUGAAUAUUUAGUAUGUGUCAGUGUACUUCCCAUUUCACAGAUAGUAAACGGAGGCUAAAGAGUUUGUAUAACUUGCCCAAGGUCACACAACUUAAUGACUAGUAGGACCAGAUUCAGAACGCAGAGCUAUUUCUCCUCAUCAGGCCAGAUUUGUCCUGGCCUCCCUCAUCCCCCUCCUUGCAUCCUCUGCUCCUCUGCCAGACCGUUAAGAUGCAAGGCUCUGGCCUCCAGAAGGGUUAGAGCGGUGUCGCUGGGAAAACAGCACAAGUGAUUUCUGAUUCCAAAUUCCUACAGUUGAUACUGGGUUCCUCCUUUGUGGGUUGAACAGCCUCCCUCUGAAAAGAGGUAUUUCUCACUGCAAACUCUUAUACUGGCUUUAUGAUUCAAGUUAGGAUUAUAUCAGGGUCAAGUGAAUUUGGGUUAUGUUAGCCAAUUUUUUUCCAGUUUCAUCCUAUCAGCACCAACCAGUAAAGCUGGAAGACAAGAAUUUGGCACUCUCAAUGCUUUUUGUGGUCAGUCUUGUCCUCUUCAACUUCUUCAUAAAUCUGCAAAGGAAAUCCUGUACAUUCUUAGGAACAGAGUUGAUUUUACAAGGAACUUGCUGCGAAACAAGGCAAGCAGACCAAAAUCACCGCCCCCGUUGUACUGCCAGGGCAUGUAGAGGUUUAGUAUUUGAGAAUUCUCCCUUGUGGCAAAUGUCCUAACUUUCUAGACUAUUUACUAAGGAACAUAUGCAUAGGAGAACCACACAUUAAAAGUUGACAGUCAUCAUAACCCCUUAGCAUGCAUAGCUAAUCAGACAUCUGGCUGUCAUUUUAAGCAUGACCCUCACAACAUUGAGGUUUAAUGUAGGGUGGAGGAUAGGGAGAAAAGAAUGAAAAAUAUAUAUGCCGAGCUUGGUAAGCCAACAGUGACUUGCAUGGAAACCCAACAGUGAGACCACCUAAAGUGCCUGGAGAGAGGGAAAAUUAAUUGAAAGCAGAGCAAAGUUCUGUGACUUCAGGGUUUUGCCUUUGCCCAUCUUGCUCAGAACAGUUUCUUGCUGUGUGGUUUCUGAGCUAGGUAUAGGACCCAGUGCAACUACAACACGUUCCUCAAAGGGAAUCAGUGACAUCAGAAGCACCCAGGGUUUUUGUGAAACUAGAUUUCUGCAUCCCUUCCAGGUCCAUUCCCACUAUGUCAGAAAUUCUGGGGUUGGAGGCAGGGAACGUGCGUUUUUAACACAUGCCCCCAAGAGAUCCUGAUGAAAAUUCUCUUCCUAGCACACAAUGCACUAAGUAUCAAUUCUGGACAGAAUCUCAGUUUUCCCAUUUGCAUAAAAUGCAGCACUAGUUUGGGUGAGAGUUCUAGAUAAAUUUAAUAAGCAUGUCUUUGGUGAACAUUCUUGGAUGACUUGACGCCACUUAAUCCAUAGGGGUGGCAGAUCACAUUUCGUUAGCGAGGAUGAGUG